AAAGUUUUCUUUAAAUACAAAUGUUUCAUCAGCUUCACCAGCAUCACCCUAUCCUCCUCUCAUAUAUAUAUAUAACAUUCCCUUAGCUUUCCAAUAUAAGAAAGUUGCACCACAUUUUCUCAACCAAAUUCAUUGUUUGUAACUAAAAAAGGGGCAAAAGAGAAAAGAAUAGCUUCUUUCUUCACCAUCUUCAUAUAUAUGAAAGAGAUUCUUACCUUGCUGCAUAGCUAGAGCAGUCCCAAGCUGAACGAGCAUCGUUUCGUGGAAAUCGGCCCUCCAUCUUUCCCGCAAGAGAGCCAUAGCAAAAGUAAAAGUAAGAAAAUGGAGCGGGUUUCGACAUGGGACCUGAAAGUGCUCACCGAUGAAUUAGCUCAAGGGAUGGAGAAAGCCAUGCAGCUCCGGUUUCAUCUGUGCUCGACGUCUCACUCUGAGGCCGAGGACUUGAUUCUGCAGAGGAUAAUAUCGACUUUUGAGAAGGCUCUUUGCAUCCUAAAGUGUGGUGGACAUGUUGGAGUAGCACACGUGGGAGCUCAGGCUGCAGCUCCCGAGUCUUCGAUCUCUGCUGAUGGAAGUUCAAGAAGCGAUGAUACGAACAAGAAUAUCAAAGAAUAUCAAGAACAGGGCUAUGCAUCUAAGAAAAGGAAAUUGCAGCCUACCUGGACAGAACAAGUGAAAGUCAACUCCGAAAACGGGCUUGAAGGGCCCGGCGAUGACGGAUAUAGUUGGAGAAAGUAUGGGCAGAAAGACAUUUUGGGAGCUAAAUAUCCUAGAAGCUAUUACCGGUGUACCUACCGCCAAGGCCGGAAUUGUUGGGCAACGAAGCAAGUGCAGAGAUCAGACGAAGAUGCCACCGUAUUUGAGAUCACAUACAAAGGAACACACGCAUGCAAACAGUUCAAUAAUGCAGUUCCACCACCAACAUCACCAGAAAAACAAGAACUCAAAAGUAACAACCCAUGUUAUGAUCAACUAGAACAGAACCCAAUGCUUUCAAACUUUAGAGCUAACCUCAGAGUCAACACCGAGGUCUCAGAUAUUCAGGAGAUGCCAGCCUACUUCUCUUUUCCAUCGACAUUUGCAUGCUACGAAAAAGAAAAUCAUUGUUAUCCGAUUUCUGCUCUGGUUGACGACAACCACCUGCAAGGAACAUAUUCCCCGUUGUUCUAUUCUCCAGCCACGUCCGGAUCAAAUUGCUUCUCCACUGCAACAUAUCAGAUGAGAGACCACGACUACGGGGGCAAUGAUAACACAGACAUAAUGUCAGCCCAUGCCUCGACAAACAAUUCUCCAAUUGGGGGAAUGGAGUUUUCAAUUGAGCCAGCAGAGAUAGAUCCAAAUUUCCCAUUCAACGUCCCCGGAUUUUUCACAUAAUCGAAGUUCAAACUUUCUGAAAGUGGAAAACAAGAGGGAAGGGCGUGGUUUCACAACCACUAUUCUUGAUCAUAAAGAUUAGGGAAUAACAUUCUUGUAGGAACUUAUCCAGAUGCUUGAGAUGAAAACCAAGGACUAAGCAUGUAUGAAUAACAAGUUCAGCGGUCUAGUUAGUCUAGUCUUCAUGUAUAGAAUCAGAGUGUCAUCACUCUUUUUAUUCAACUUUUGCUAAUACAUUAGCCUAACCAACAAAA